AUGGCUACACAUAUUGCACGUCGUUUAAUUAUUUUGGGUGCACCUGGUUCUGGUAAAGGUACAAUUGCUAGUCGAAUUGUGAAAACAUAUGGUAUGCCUCAUGUUGUUGUUGGAGAUUUACUUCGUCAACAUAUUCAACGAAAAUCUGAGGAAAGUAAAACAAUCAAAGAACAUAUUGAUAAAGGUCUUCUUUUACCAGAUGAUCUCGUAUUGAAAUUUGUUGUUGGUGAAUUGAACAAAAUUCGCGAUAAAGGAUUUUUACUUGAUGGUUAUCCACGAACAUUAAAUCAAGCACAAUUAUUACAUAAAGAAAUGACUGUUGAUCAUGUUGUUGCAUUAAAUGUGCCAGCUGAUGAAAUAGUUAAUCGUUUAAAAGAUAGAUGGGUUCAUGCGCCUAGUGGACGUGUUUACAAUCUUUUAUGGAAUCCACCUAAAGUUGCUGGCAAAGAUGAUACAACAGGUGAAUCAUUAUCACAACGUGAAGAUGAUAAACCUGAAGUUAUUCGUAGUCGAUUGGAUACAUACGAUAAAAAUACAAAUCCCAUCAUGGCUUUCUACAAGAAACAACAUAUUCUUCAAGAAUUUCAUGGACGUGAAAGUGAUAAGAUCUGGCCUGAAGUUAAAAAAUAUCUUGAUCGUGUUCUUAAUGAACCAACACGAAAACAAGGUGCCUAA